AUGGAGCAGAGUGGUAAGGAUCCAGAGCAUGGAGAAAAAGACAAUAAACAGAAUGAGGAAUCGAAAGAGGAUAAGAUAGAGUUAGUCUCAGAUAAGUUUGAGAGUAAAAGAGAUAAAAAAUACGCAGAUAACAAAGAGGAAGGAGAUAAUUUUAACCUUGUAUCAAAUUCUCAGGAUCUAGAUAAAGAAACAGAUUGGUUCCAAGAGGCCCAACCUGAUAACAUUCUGGAUCAAGGGCUGUUGGAAAUCUCAUUAGCUUCCCCAGUAAAAGUAAAGCUGACCUUUCCGGAGGAAAAAGUACCAAAAUGGGGAGAUGAGGAAGACAUCAAAAAGGCACCGGGGAAGAGUGAAACAAAGCAGGAGGAAGAAGAAGCUUGGGGAUGUGAGGGCGCAACAUACUUCUCCAGGAAGACAUUCAAAUGCAAAAAAGAGAUCAAUGGAAACAAGCAGAAAUAUUGCAAAUGGAACUCAAAGAACCAUCUUUGA